AAGACAAGAACAAGAGACAAGACAGAGUUGAGUUGGCGAUCGAAGCGGGAAAAGAAAAGCGAGUUCGAACCAACGAGAGGGAAAAAAAAAAAAAAAAUGGUUGCUGGGUGUCGUCACAGGUACCGGGCGGCGCUUUUGGUGCGGGGGAGGUACACGGAAAUACCUCUCUUAUUUAUUAGUUAACUUAGUUAUCCCACUUGGUUUGGAGCGCCUGGCUGCGGUUUGGUUUGGUCUUGAUUCUACGCCGCUGUACUGCGUAGUAAAUAUAUCGACUGGCUUGGAUGAUCUCUAUUUCUUCUUGUUUUUAUUUCAAUCCUGGCUAAGGGUGCUUUCAGGAUGAUCAUCUUUCUGGUGGUUGUUUAACUAUAACUGAUCAACUAAAUAACUAGUUACGUGAAUAACUUACCAAGGGGGGAACUAAAUAGUUAACUUAACUUGCUUGUUCCUUCACAUGUUAUAUAAAUAAAUAAGCGCAUCAAUAAAUAAGUUAUAUACUGACUUUUUUCCUCCGCCACCAUUGAAAAUCUUCUCGACUGUUAAAUAGUUACCUCACCAUAUACCAAAUGGAUCACCACUGGAUAUCAUAGCUAUGGAUUUAUUCAAGGAAUACAGAUGAAGCUCUAUGUAUACUCAGCGCCCGCGAUCUCCAUUGACUGUUCAGAUGAUGCCUUUCAAUAGACAACGUACCCCCGAAGAGAAAUUUUAAUUCUUGAAAAUCAAACCAAUGGAUAAUAAUACUCCUACCCCUCCCCCACACCAACAGAUGCGGCAGAACCAAUCGUCCCAGCGGGUUCGCGAGAGAAAGAACAAACGCCGCAGUCCUCGUCGUCUUCUCCUGGCUCCGAGCCCGCUUCACAAAUAUCUUCAAUGACAAGUAGAAUCCAAGAUUCUGCAUCGGGAUUGCUACAAAACACCUUUUCAGCGCCCUCCUCCCGCUCCGCCGCACACGACAUAGCCUCCACCCUUGCUACAGGACUAGACUCGUCCGGCAAAGGGAGCUCAUCCUCGCAUGUACCGCUACAAUCCGGGUCUUCAACACCGGGUACUAUACCUCAGUCACACGGGUUAAGCCUAGGCCAACCGUCAAGUCGAGCUAGUGAGGCCCGGAGGUUUCCCUCAGAGUCAUUCCGCUCCGCACCACCCUCCGCGGCAUCGAACCUAUAUGAUGAAGAUGAUUAUAGAACUUGGGAACGGUUCCAAGAUCCUCCACAGAAUAACAUUAUCAAUGACAGCAAUGGCGGUGACGCCCUCCUUCUACAUCCCUACGAUGUAUCCAGCGGAAAGGGGAAGGGAAAGUUUAGAACAGAGGAGCCGGUAGAUCUCCUCGAUCCCUCCGCUAUAACCACCACCUCCUCAUCCGCGUCUCUCGAAAAACACCUACCCAACGACACCUUCGACUUUGCCUGGCACAACUCCACCACCACCACCACCACCCGUAAUCACAAUCAUAGUCAAAACCAACGCAACAACCCUACCCGCGAUCUAUCCCACCACACCUCCUACACACCUCACUCCACAGACGGCCAAGCAGUCGUCGCCCUCCUCUCCUCCCCAACCUUCCAACCAGCAACCUUCACACCUCCCGAAUCCCCAGAAAGCGAACUCUUCGAGCUAGACGCUUCCAUGCUACAACCACCGUCAACCUUCUCUUCCUCCUCCUCCUCCUCCUCACCUAACCCAUCACCAACGACGACAGGGACAACUACAACUACAACAACCCAAACGCCAUCCUUCCCCCCGAACCAGCUCAGUCUAAUUCCAGAUAUCAACUCCAUACUGACCGCCAUCCAACAACAACAACAACAACAACAACAAUCACACCCACAUGACCAACAUGGUCAGGACUGGGAGUGGGACUGGCGAGAAAUGCCCGGCGUGGCGGAGUGGUUGGAGGUUGACGGGACGUAUCAGGAUACGGUGUGGGGAUUCCUGAAGCCCUAUGUGGAGGCUGCGAGGAAGGAGAUUAUCGAGCGGAGGGAGGAUGGCGGCGGCGGUGGGGCGGUGGAGGAUGGGCCAGCGGUGAAGAGGCUGAGGAUGGUUAUGAGACAUUUGAGGGCGAGGCUUUAGGGGGGUAUGCUGCGGUGUGAGAGGUGGGGUUCAAGGGAGGGAGGUUUUGCGCUUUUGUAGUUAUGUAUACGCUAUUUUGGGGUUUCUUGUUGGAUGUAUAUUUAUCCUGAACAUGUAUAUAUAUAAUUGUGAUUAUAAUUAUUGUAUAUAUUAAGAUAGACUUGAGCUGUGUAUGAUGCACAUACAGAGAACCAUAUCGAAAAAGAUUGGUCGGCCCCUUGUCCCAUGGAGAGCUAACGAACAGCAGCUCCGCUUCCUCCUCUUGCGUAGUUAUGGAGAUAGUUAUGGUUUCUAAAAACGAGACGGCUAUUUUUUUUUAACUGAAUUCCCCAAGCUAUGAGCACCGUUCUCAUAUACGUUCUCUCAGGUCUAUUUGAGGGAGGGCGUCGCAUUGAUGUAUUUAUCUGUCGAGGCAGUAACUUAUUCUAAAGAAAGGCUAAAAAGUACAUGUACAUAGAUAGUCACAGGGAAUUUUCUAAUCUGACGCUUGC